UCAUGUAAAUAAUAACAUGCAAACACCUAUUGUGUAAAUGUCUAUUAAUAACUGGGAUUCAGACAAAUUGUAAACGUCGAUGGUUUUAUUAAUCAUAAUCAAGCAUACAAUGCUGCACCGAAGCCAAAAGGUGUUGAUUAUCGUCUGCGAUGAUGUGUGAAGUUUUCAAUGGACAGGCUUAAAAGAGUUCAAAUAUCGUCACAACUACCGAACAUAGAUAAAGAUUGAAGUAUUGACGAUGUCUUGAAUAAUAUGAAUGAAAGAGAACGAAAAGCCAUCCAAAAGAACUUGAUAGAUCUGAUACACAACGUAAAUCCUAACGAUAUAACUCCAUAUCUCUUCCAAGAUGAUCAAAUCUCCAGAUCACUUUACGAGGAACUUUUAGACCUCAAUGUGUCGAGAGGAAAAUUAUGCCAACUCUUCAUACGACGUAUUACAACGAACGGAAGUAAAUGCAAAUUUGAAAACUUCCUUCAUGCUUUAAGUAAAACAUAUCAUUUUCUUUCUGAGAAGAUAAAAGAAACAUUAGCUAACAUCGAUGAAAAUCAAAACCUGCAAACUGAAGAACAAUUGAUAUAUCAACAAAAAGAGGUAUCUAAACCGGACAAUCAUGUAAAAACAAACACAUCAAGUAACCAAGAAACAAUUACAGAGCAUGCUUUUAUUUAUGAGCCAAUAAAGAAAAUCGAUGUUUUUACAGAAAAUAGGCGUAGAAUCUCAAGGAUGUCACACAGACUCAAACGUCUCAACCAUGACGGCGACGUUGAUAAAUUCAGAAAAUUUGUGGGGAAAAUCGGCGACAAGUUUUCAAAGCACAAACUUGACAGGUUAAAGAAUGUAAAAGCACGUAUGAAUCUUGCAGACCUUAAAUUCACCUCGCUCGAGGCUGAAGCUAGUUUUAAACGAGUUAAUUUUGACGUAUCCUUGUAUGAAAAUCCUAUCUUUAAAGACAUGGUGUCAACGAUUCCAUAUACAACAAACCCUCAAGUGAGCAGUAUGACAUAUUUAGCAAGAUAUGGAUCAGCUAUUUCCAUGCUGGAAUCUAUAGACUUUGGACUAGGUUAUUUGGAGUAUUCAAAAAGUCACGCUGAACAUGUGGUUCCGUGUAAAGAAACAGGCAUGGUAUUUUACAUUAAGGUGAACCUACUUUCCCAGAAAUACGAACAAAAUCCGUCUAGUGAAAUUAAAAACUCAAUACUAAAAACUGCCGAACUUGCCAUUUCUCAGUUUUCUGGAGAAGAUGAAAAUGUGCGAUAAGAUUACCAAAGAAUGCUUAUGCUUAAAAUGGUGUUUUGUAGAUUAGGAAUAGGACUUUUUGGGAAACGAAUAAUCAGUGUUAAAGUGGACGAUAGUGAUAGAGAAGCAGCAAAAAACUUUAUGGACUUUAUUGAAAAACCCGAUAUCUGGGAAGGUAUGGAGAAAAGACGGAAGAUGUUGUUUCAGAUUGCUAAAUCUGAGUUCUAUAGACAACAUAAUCAGAUUGAUAUCGCCUGCAUGCAUGCGAAAGAAGCAGCUGGAAUUGCUGAAGACAAUAAGUGGAAUGCCGAAUUACCAAACAUCAAGAAACUCAUUAACGAACUUGAAAAUCACAUCGAACCAAUUACAAAAAAGGAAAACGAAGAUAAAGACGACUGGAUGAACGAAUCAGAGAAUGAUUAAGAGGAAAUAGGAGAAAACAACAUAAUAUAAUGAGUUUAUAUUUCAAUAUAGUAAUAUAUUAUUAAUAAUAAUAUGAAUCUCCUUGUUAAAUCUGUUGUUGGUUUGGUUUAAAUGGGUAAAACAUUAUUAAGUAAUGACUAAUCGAUAAAAUCAACAGUGUAUAUCUACAUAAAGAUAAAAUCUGAAUAUCACUAUAUGAUAUUUUCGAAAAUAAUAUAACAUUGAGAUUUGCUUUGGAAGAUAUAUUUUGUGAACAAUAACAUAAUAUUUACAAUUGAAAACUAGUUAACAUUAUGCAUAUAGUUACUUUACAUUAUAUGGAUAUAUAUAGUAAGAAUCUCAUUAAAAUUAUAUCUAAAAUAUAUUUGAAUAUACAAAAUGCCAGUGCAAUAGCAUGAGAAUUACAGGGAAUGACAUUUUAUUAAUGAUAAUCAUUUUCAGACAUUUUAUUUUUAUAUAGUUUACUUGCUUACUUAAUUCUGUUGCCGCUUGGUGGAGCAAAGGCCACUAACAAUUUUCUCAACCUUAUUCUGUUUUUUGCCAGCCUCUCCAUAUCAUACCACUUGUACCCUUCUAUCUCUAUUUUAGCUACAAAGUUCCUUCUCCGCGUGUAUCUUGGUCUGCCUCGGCCACGCUUUCCUUGUGAGUUCCACUGUAAGGCUAGCCUUGUAAUGUUGUUAUUUGGCUUACCUUGUGUGUUCUCUAUCCAUCGCCACUUUCUUUUUUUCAAUUCUUCAUCAACUGGGGAUUGGUUGGUCCUUCUCACAGAAAAUUAUUAAUAUUAGCUGCUAUUUAUAAUAUUUUAAUCCUUGAAACUUAACAUAUAAGCUUUGGAUUUCAAAAAUUUUGGCCACGAGCAUCACUGAAGAGACAUGUAUUGUCGAAAUGCGCAUCUGGUGCAAGAAAAUUGGUACCGUUUUUUAAAAUUUUAUUGAUCUUUGUCGACGUUUUUUUCUUAAUAUGAAAAUAAGGAAAUUGAGUUAGUUAGACACUCUAUCUGUGCAUUUGGAAACUAAUAAAUGAUCAUGUAUAGUAAACUUAGGUUUGAUGCAUUAUAAAGGUUAACGAGGAAUGUAAAAUCAAAACAUAUUGAUAGGCUUGAACUCAGUGGUUGUCAUUUGUUGAUGGGAUACAUAUUUGUUUUUCGUUCAUUUUUUGUACUUAAAUUAGACCGUUAUUUUUCUCGUUUAAAUUGUUUUAUACUUGUCAUUUUGGGGCCUUUUAUAGCUGACUAUGAGGUAUGGGCUUUGCUCAUUGUUGAAGGUCGUACUUAGACCUAUAGUUGUUAAUGUCUGUGUCAUUUUAGUCUCUUGUAGACAGUUGCCCCAUCGGCAAUCAUACCACAUCUUCUUUUUUAUAUUAUAUUUUCUGCCAGGAAACAACACAUUCACUCUUUGGUUAAAGAAGAUAACUUUCUUAUACAAUUUUGGAUUUGGUUUCUUGUGGAGAUUUGUCUCAUUGGCAAUCAUACCACAUGAUGACAUAUCUUCUUUUUUUAUAUUAUAGCUGUAAUAACUAUGAAUAUUUUACAUUACAUACAUAACUUCUUUCCAUGUAAAUAGAGUUACACU